GGUUCCGCAUAAAUAAAAAAGGAAAACGAUGGUGAAAUAUAUACAUCACAACUGAUGCAAAGUAUCACGCUGAACUAUAAAACUCUCUCUAGCUAGAAUCAUCAAACGUCAGUGUUUACAUAAAAAAUGACGACGACUUCUCAGUACUCGCAAGCUUUGUUCAUUCUCAUCACGGCGGUUAUAGUAGCCGGAGACGCCGCAAACGUAACCUACGACGGGCGAUCGCUGAUCAUCGACGGCAAACAUAAGAUCCUAUUCUCCGGCUCAAUCCAUUAUACUCGCAGCACUCCCCAGAUGUGGCCGUCUUUGAUAGCGAAGGCAAAAUCAGGAGGAUUAGAUGUAAUAGACACUUACGUGUUCUGGAACAUUCACGAGCCGCAACAAGGACAUUUCGAUUUCAGUGGACGACGGGAUAUCGUGAAGUUCAUCAAGUAUGUACAUGCGCAAGGCUUAUAUGUCUGUCUUCGGAUUGGACCUUUCAUCCAGGGUGAAUGGUCUUAUGGGGGUUUGCCUUUCUGGUUACACAAUGUCAAAGGGAUUGUCUUUAGGACAGAUAAUGAGCCAUUCAAGUUUCACAUGAAGAGAUAUGCACAAAUGAUUGUUAAGCUGAUGAAAUCGGAAAAGUUGUAUGCUUCCCAAGGAGGACCUAUCAUACUCUCACAGAUUGAGAACGAGUAUGGGAUGGUAGCUAGAGCUUUUCGACAAGAAGGGAAAUCAUAUGUCAAAUGGGCAGCAGAAAUGGCUGUGGAGCUUGAGACAGGAGUGCCAUGGGUCAUGUGCAAGCAAGACGAUGCCCCUGACCCUGUGAUUAAUGCUUGCAAUGGGAGGCAAUGUGGGGAAACAUUCAAAGGACCCAAUUCACUAAACAAACCUGCAAUAUGGACUGAGAACUGGACGAGUUUUUAUCAAACAUAUGGUGAGGAACCAUUGAUGAGGUCAGCUGAGGAUAUAGCAUUUCAAGUCGCUCUAUUCAUAGCUAGGAAUGGAAGUUUUGUUAACUACUACAUGUAUCAUGGAGGAACAAACUUCGGGAGAAACGCUUCACAGUUCGUAAUCACCAGUUAUUAUGAUCAGGCUCCACUUGAUGAAUAUGGAUUACUUAGGCAACCAAAAUGGGGACACCUUAAGGAAUUACAUGCUGCAGUUAAGUUGUGUGAAGAGCCCCUACUCUCUGGACUGCAAACUACGAUACCAUUGGGGAAGCUACUAACUGCUUUUGUGUUUGGGAAGAAGGCGAAUCUAUGCUCUGCCUUACUUGUGAAUCAAGACAAAUGCGAUUCUACUGUACAGUUUCAUAAUUCUUCAUAUAUUUUGUCUCCAAAAUCUAUAAGUGUCCUGCCAGACUGCAAGAAUGUAGCCUUCAACACUGCCAAGGUCAAUGCGCAAUACAACACGAGAACAAGGGAACCUAGACAAAAUUUGUCUUCUCCUCACAUGUGGGAGGAAUUUACAGAAACUAUCCCAAGUUUUAGCGAAACGUCAGUAAGAUCAGAAUUCUUUCUUGAGCACAUGAACACAACACAGGAUACUUCCGACUAUCUGUGGCAAACAACUAGGUUUCACCAACCUGAAGAAGCUCUAUCAGUUCUAAAAGUCAAUCAUCUGGGACAUGUUCUACAUGCCUUUGUUAAUGGGAGAUUCAUAGGUUCAAUGCACGGAACUUUCAAAGCGCAUAGAUUUUUGCUUGAGAAAAAUGUGUCAUUGAAUAAUGGCACAAAUAACAUCGCAUUACUCAGCGUAAUGGUAGGGUUACCGAAUUCAGGAGCACAUCUAGAAAGGAGAGUAGUUGGAACACGGGGCGCAAAGAUUUGGAAUGGAAAACAUACACUGUACUUCAACAACUAUAGUUGGGGAUAUCAGGUUGGGCUGCAAGGGGAAAAAUUCCAUGCUUACACAGAAAAUGGGGCCGCUAAAGUUCAGUGGAAGCAGUACAGAGACUCCAAAAGUCAGCCUCUAACUUGGUACAAGGCCUCAUUUGACACACCAGAGGGGACAGAUUCUGUAGCCUUGAACUUAGGAUCAAUGGGAAAAGGAGAAGCAUGGGUGAAUGGCCAGAGUAUUGGUCGGUACUGGGUCUCCUUUCAUACUUACAAAGGGAACCCUUCUCAGAUAUGGUACCAUAUACCGCGAUCUUUUCUUAAACGCAAUAGUAGUAACUUACUAGUCAUUUUGGAAGAAGAAAGAGAAGGGAAUCCUCUUGGUAUAACUAUAGACACAGUAUCAGUCACCAAUGUCUGUAGCCAUGUCUCCAGUUCACAUCCUCCUCCUGUGAUUUCUCAGAGAAGAAAAGGCCACAACCGAAACAAACGCAGACAUCUAAACCACCAGUAUGAUAGGAGGCCUAAGGUUCAGCUCCAGUGUCCUAAUGGCAGAAAAAUUUCGAAGGUAUUGUUUGCAAGCUUUGGUACUCCAAAUGGAAAUUGUUGGAGCUAUUCUGUUGGAAGCUGUCACUCACCCAAAUCUUUGGCUGUUAUACAUAAGGCUUGUCUGAACAAGAGCAAGUGUUCUGUAUCAGUUUGGAGCAAAACAUUUGGAGUUGAUUCAUGUCCACACGCUGUUAAAUCCCUGCUGGUUCAUGCUCAAUGCUCAUGAGAGUCCAAUUCUUUAGUAUGGAUUUCUUUUAUGUUUUUUCCUCUCUUUCUCUUUCUUAUUGUGAACAAAUAACAAACGUAUUAAUGACAUAUUACAAAAGCGCAAUACAAUGUUUGAGUUACAUAGGAAA